AUGUUUGACGAGUUCGUCCAGACUUCCGCCAGGACGCCUGCUCAUGGAUUCCCCUCGGUAGCUGGGCCUUCUCGAGGAGCAGGUGGGUCAAAUGGUCUCCAGACAGGCAACGGCUUUGAGCAAGGGGGAGCUUCGAGGCACAGCGAUGGACUCGAUGCAGUGACAGCACUCGAGACGGGUUUCAACUCGGCUGAAGACUCGGACGCUUCCCUUAGCCCUAUCUUUCAGCUCGGCCGCGUGCAGUAUGCCUUCCCAGCUCCGUUGGCUCUGCUCACCGUCUCCUCCAAUAUCCUCACCAUGUGCCUCUAUGCGUAUCCUCAAAGCGGCAUCCUACCCCAAAAUCUUCCUCCGCCUCCGCGGCUUGUGAGGAUCAACCUCGACGAGCCAGAACGUACAGAAGAGGCAGAAGUGCCAUUGCCACCCAUUCCUCGCAAUCGAGCUGCUUUGCCGACCGAUCCCAGUCUUGUAGGCCCUCACAAGAUGUACGCAGAUCCUACUGGCCAGCAUCUCAUAUUGGCGAUGAGGAGCGGUGACAAUUACUACUGGAGGUCCGGCUGGAAGAAAGCCAAGACCCUCCCGAGAUGGAAAGGCAUGGUCGUCGAAAGCAUCGCAUGGAACAAGGACGCAGUCGGAAUUACCUCAAGGCGAAGUACGUCAGCCCAGUACGCCUCCACAAAGGAGACCCUCAUCGGUACGAAGAACGGAGACAUCUACGAAGCAGUCCUCACUGUACCCAUAGAUGGAGACGACAACGAAGGAGACUUUAUCGACCGAAUCGCCAGAAGAACAGCAGGAGGUGGCAGCUCGGGCCCGGACAUCGAUCGGACACUUCGCUUGGUCUACUCUCUGUCGGAACGGCAGCCUAUCAGCGGCCUUGUGAUAGUACCAUUCACAGCUUCAGCAUCGUCCAUUAGCUCAGCAAAGAAGUCGAAGAAUGGGUCCAAUACGAACGGCAGCAGCAGCAGACUUCGUGCCGCCGUCAUCGCUACUACGAGCACAAGGAUCUACGAAUUCUUGGGCGCUCUUGGAGGUGGCUCAAGAAGAGGAGAUGACAACGAAGGUAGUAGUGGAGGAGAGGGCAUGUAUGCUCGGCUCUUCGAGGCUUACAAGGGCUCGGUUCCAAAUCUCAAAUCUGAGCUCCCCGGCAAUGUGCCGUACUCUGAGUUACGCUACUUCGUUUCGAGCGAAGGCAAGACUUCACCAAAGGCCCUUGCGUGGCUGACAGGCUCAGGAGUUUAUCAUGGGCUUCUCAGCUCAUCAUCCGCUCAGGAGGCCGGAGGUAGCGUGAUCGAGAGCGCCAAUCUCCUGCCAUAUCCGGCCAAUGUAUUCGGCGAGGCCGGCGGAAGCGAUGCUACGUCUGCAAUUCCCCUGGGAAUCAUGCUGAGCGAGUUCCACUUGAUGCUUCUGUACCGGGAUCGAGUCAUGAGUCUCAGCUCUCUCAACGAUGACGUGGUCUUUGACGAGAAGCUGCCCGUCAAAUCAAACGAGCGCAUCAUUGGCGCCACUGUGGAUACAACGCGCAAGACAUACUGGAUCUACACCGACGCCAACAUCUUCGAGGUGGUGGUAAAGGACGAAGACCGGAAUGUCUGGAAGGUAUAUCUCGAGCGUGGUCUGCAUGAAGCCGCGUUGAAGCACGCCAAGACUGUAUCGCAACGAGACCUCGUACUGUCAGCCCAAGGAGAUAGUUUCUUCAAAGAAGGACGGCAUAUCCAGGCAGCUCAGUGCUACUCACAGUCCUUUACUCGCACAUUCGAGCAAGUCGUCCUCAAAUUUCUGGAUGCAAAUGCGAAGGAUGCAUUGAGGUAUUACCUCAUCACACGCUUGGAGAGACUCAAGAAGAGUGACGUCACGCAGAGGACUCUGCUGGCAACUUGGCUCGUAGAGAUCUACCUGAGCAAGCUUGAUCAGCUGGAGGACGUCGCGGCAGCACAUGCGGCGAGUCAGGAUGUUGAGAAUUACGUUUUGGAGCAAGGUCUGAUCGACGAGGAGCUACAGCAGUUCCUGGUGACCUACAAGGAGGAUCUUGAUUCGAGGACGACAUUUGCCCUUAUAUCUAGGCAUGGCAGGACGGAGACGAUGCUCCACUACGCUGCUAUUAUUGGCGAGCAUGACAAGAUUGCAAGACAUUGGAUCGAGGAAAAGAACUGGGACAAGGCCAUAGAUACCAUCAACAGACAGUCCGAUCUCUCGCUAUACUACCGCUUUUCGAAUGCACUAAUGCGCAAUGCACCUUCAUCGACUGUGGAUUGCUGGCUGCGCCAGCCAGCUCUAGAGCCACGCAAAUUGAUACCCGCAAUGCUGCAGCACCGCCCGCGUAACGGAGAGCAAAAUGAAGCAGUCCGCUACGUCCAACAUGUCGUCACAGAGGGUGGCUCCACCGACGCAGCUGUUCACAAUUUCCUCUUCACUCUACUGGCACGGGGAGACGAAGGGCAAGAGGCUAGCGAGAUUGAUGCUAAUCUACAACACUUCAUCGCAACGAGCCCAACCGAUCCUCUCACCGGGAAUCCGUACUACGAUCUUGACUUCGCCCUCCGGACAUGUGCGGAGCACAAGCGUCAAGAGGCUAGUGUGCGCAUCUACGCCAAGAUGGGCUUCUUUGAAAAUGCAGUCGAUCUCGCCCUAGACGAAGGCGAUGUGGAUCUGGCUUGCUAUUGCGCUGAGCUUGCAGAAGACCAAUCGCUCCGUCGCAAGCUCUGGCUAAAGACUGCCAAGCACGUCGUCGAGACGAGGAAGGAUAUCAAGGCAGCAACCGAGUUCCUGUCACUGACUCCUCUGCUGACCAUCGAGGAUAUCCUGCCCUUCUUUCCCGACUUUACCGUCAUCGACUCCUUCAAGGACGAGAUUUGUCUCGCUCUCGAAGGAUACGCAAGCAGAAUCGAGGAGCUCAAGGCCGAGAUGGAGACAGCUACCGAGAGUGCCAAGAAUAUCCGGGGUGACAUCGAGCAGCUCAGCCGGCGUUUUGUCACUGUGGAGGAAGACGACAAGUGCGGCGCGUGCGAUACCGAGGUCUUGACGAGGCAGUUCUACGUAUUCCCUUGUCGACACGCCUUCCAUGCCGAUUGUCUCAUUGCAGAGACGACCCGCCGCCUUCCACCUCGCUCACUACGAAGACUGCUGGAGCUCCAAUCACAGCUCUCGCGCAUCACAUCUGGCCUGAUCCCUUCUCUUCCCCCUUCCUACCUCGAAGCACAAGCCACAUCCUCUGCCGCCAAUGGUAAUGGCAACGGUGCUGCCGCCGCUAGCGCCGCCAACGGCAGUCUCUCCCUAACGCGCCGUGCAGGCGCCUCAGUAGCAGCAGCCGUCGCCUCGGGCGCCAGCGGCGUAGGCGGCGGUCUCGGCAUGAGUAUGGGGAUGGGUAUGGGGUCGAGUCUUGCCCCCCUCGGACCUCUCGGGCUGGAUCGACUGCCCGAGACGCUCCUCGGUGUUCUCACUGCAGGUGUCAGCGUGUCUGUCGCGGGUGGACGUCGCGUCCUCGCCCCACUGGAUCCCUUUAGCGAGCCUGUCCUCGGAUACAAGCCCCGUGCUGUGGUGCCCUCCGCCGCUGCUGCUGGCACUGGCACCGAAGGCGCUUCUGCCACUGCAGCCGGCUCUGCUUCCACCGGAGGCCAAGAAGCGGGAGCAGUGGCCCCUCGCCUCCUCACACGUCGACAGCGCGAGGAGCUUGCGGCAGUGGAGCGUGUCCGUGACGAGAUGGAUGCGAUUCUCGCUGCCAGCUGUCCACUCUGCGAGGGCUCGUUGGCCGAUUUGGCCAAGCCCUUUGUUGGAGGCGGAGGAGGUGCUGGAGGAGGAGGAGGACCACUGGCGGCGAGGGAGAUGCAGGAGGAAGAGGAGUGGGCUUUGUGA